UCUGUCUCUCCUUCAGCUCCUCCACCGCUCGCUGCUGCUCGUGCGCCAUGGCUCGUCCCGAGCUCUCGGCACAGGCCGGCCCUUCGUCGAUGCCGGCAUCCGCGCCGCGCAUUGUCGCUGCGCCCAUGGCCGGCUCGUCGUCGGCGCGUGCCCACGCCGCGCUGCGCUCCUCGAUGCGCCGCCUCCUCUCGACGCAGCCGCUCGCUCGCACGUCGGAGCGCGCCCUCGACGUGCUCACCGAGGUGGCGGCGCGCUACAUCGCCCUUCUCGCCUCGACGGCCGCGUCACGCGCUCAGCACUCGGGCCGCACGCGUCCGGCCUUCUGGGACGUCGCGGCAGCCAUCGAUGAUCUGGGCACGGACGUCGAGGAGCUGGCCGACUGGGUGCAGGACGGUGCAGGCCUCUCGGCGAGCGACGCGCACCGCGAUCCCGCUCUCGCAGAGCUCAAUGCCCACGGACGGCGGCCAGCACCGGCGGCACGGCAAGAGCUGCACUACGUCUCGGUGCCAAAGGCUGCUCUGACGGACCUGAAGCAGCUGCAGCUGCUAGAGGAUGAGCCAUGGCUGGUGCAGGCCGCCGACACGGAGGACGAAGAUGAGGCGCGGACGCCGUCUCGCUCGCGGAGCAGCUCGUCCGGCAGCUCGUCGGCGGGCAAGCGGCGAAGAGUCGGCAAGCAGCCAGACUACGUGCCGUCGUUUCUGCCGCACUUCCCAGACGCGCACUUCCUCACUGCCCAUUCCACGGCUAGCGAUCUGUCGAACGGCUGGGCAGUCGAGGUGCUACAUGACGGCGAGUAUCGCUCUGCCAAGUCGGAAGCAUCGCAUCAUCUCGAGAACGGCGAGGCCAGGCGCAGCUCGGCAUCGCCGCUAGACGACAAGGCCGAGGCUCUUCCGAAGACCAACUGCACGGCUCAACAUUCAGAUCUGGACGACCCGCCGGACGGCGCCAACGACGUGUGGCGCCGAAGAGUACCAUACGACGCCUCUACGCUUGCUACGCAGCAAGGCAUAUCGGAUCUGCCGUCCGUCGAUGGGCUCAUUGGCCCUGAGCCGAGCGCUCGCGCUUCCAGCCUACGAGCUUUUGCCGCCGACUAUCGGGCACUCGUGGCCGAGCAGGCUCCGCCGACGCUGCUCACCCCCACGGGCGGAGCGCACGCCGGCGCUGCUGCCACGCGUCGCAUGCUGGCGCUGGCGCUGGCAGACCCAGGACGUUUUGUGCCGAGCGACAGCAUCUUCGCGGCCGUCGCCGCUCGGCCCUCCGCCCUGCCCUUCACGCCAUCGGCGUCACACUUCGUCACGUCGACGGGCCUCUUCACCGCGACGCGGCCUGGCGGACGACCGGCUGCGCUCAUUGCGCCCAGCGGAGCACUCGCACCCGCACUUGCCCAUCGCUGGCCAGCGCACACGAUGACGGCCGCCCGCACGGUGUCGGGACCGGCCCUGCUGAAGCGCAUCUCGCGCUCGGCCGACCCGCCGCCCGUGUUCGACGACUCUGGCGUCGAGCGCGUCUUCCAGGGCGGCCCUGCGCCGUCGGACCUGCUCGCGGCGCGCCACUCGGUGCUGGCGCCGGCGCUGCGCACCAUCGUGGCGCAGACGGCCGCCGGUGAUGACGAGGCGCCCGCCGAGAAGCCGCGCGAAGGCAUGCUGGUGCACACAUGGGACUGGACGACGCGCGACUACUCGGACUCGUCGCUGCCCGGCCGCCGUGUGCCGGCUCGGGGCCCUGGCGAUGCCGAGCUGCCGGCGUCGACGCCGACGUCCAAGGGGUCCUGAGCCGGCCACCUCGGCCACACGUGGUGGGCCAGCCUGCUCCGUCGGGUUGCCACGGUCACGUGUCCAGGCGCGUCCACGACGCGUCGUCGUCGGCGCAGGACAGCCUCCGCGAAGACUGGCGGCGGAGCUGCAAUUGCACGGCCAAUUUGUCCGAGAGAAGCGUGAGCGAGACUGGAGGGUGCCGAGCUCUGAGGGAUUCCUGGGUCUGCAGAGGGCGGACGAUUCUCUUCUUUGUCGCGAGUUUCGAAUGUCUCCUCGAGGUCCGACCCGGAGAAGGGCCUUCCUCGGCCCGCGUCGUCAGCGAGAGGAGCCUCGGCGAGAUGGAAGCGCGGCGGCACUGGCGCAGGCGCGGCGCCUUCAUGCGAAGCUGCGGUACGCGCCAUCGGCGGGAAGCGAGCUCGGGCGCGACGCCGCCG